GCACCGCUCAGUCUCCAGACUGCGAGAAGAUGAGCGAUGGCAAUAGAAAACAAACCUGGUGAGGUAUUUGACACAGUUUUCAGUCGAAAUGACUCUUUAGAGCUGUCGUCGCAUCACGACUGCGAUACUGCGCAAGCUCGAGUUUUUAAGAUAAUAGUUAUAGGAGAUUCAAAUGUGGGGAAGACGUGUUUAACUUACAGGUUCUGCGGUGGCACUUUCCUGAAGAACCCAGAGGCAACCAUCGGGGUAGAUUUUAGAGAGAGGACGCUGGAGCUCGAUGGAGAGAAUAUCAAGCUGCAGAUUUGGGAUACGGCAGGUCAGGAGCGUUUCAGGAAGAGCAUGGUGGAACACUACUACCGCAGCGCCCAUGCCGUCAUCUUCGUGUAUGACGUGACCAGCCUCAUUUCUUUUGAGAGCAUCCCCGAAUGGAUCGAGGAGUGCACCCGUCACGCCGUGGGGCCCUUGGUGCCCCGUAUCAUUGUAGGGAACAAGUGUGACCUGAGGGAGCGCCGGGAAGUGCCCACAUCAGCUGCCCAGUGUCUAGCUGACAGCUACAACUUCCCACUGUUUGAGACUUCAGCCAAGGAGCCUUCUGAGAAGGAACACGUCGAUGCCAUCUUCCUGACUUUGGCUUAUAGACUGAAGAGCCACAAACCUCUGAGACUGAAGCAGCCCAGUGAGAGCAAUUUAAGGCAUCUGUGGAACCAGAGAGAGCAGGAAGCAGCAACUUGUCAGUGCUGAGGUCACUUACAUCCUGUUUUGGAUGGAUUCGCUCAGAGCGUGUCAGAAGGUCAUUAGAGCUUUCAUUAACAACAUGGGUGCCGUCCUUAUAUUAAGACUGUAUUCAGAAAGGCCUCAUAUGAUCAUGAGAAAGAAAAGGAAGAAGCUACCUGUGACUACAUUUUUUCUGCCUGCUGUUAUGCACAUAUAGUGACAGUGUAGGCCAGCAAGUUUGCACAAUAUUUAAUCAACAUUUCAAUGAAAUGCAUGUAAUGAUAAGGAGGGAUGCAAAAUAUUUUUGGCUCAAACUGCACAUAAAAUCAAUUUGAGUUAGAGAAACAAAUGAUAUGCAAUCAGCCAUCUAGCAGCACUUACCCACAGUAUUCAACUCAGACAGUGAAUUAAAGGGAAGAUAGAUUACAGUGUGAGUAAAGGGACCAAUAAGGUAAACUGAAACUGUGAACAAAACUGUGCAAUCAUUGUAUUCAACAAAUGUUUUAAAAUUACAUUUCAGUUCUUAAAAGUAUAACUACUUUGGGAAUUAAGGUGCUGUUGUGGAAUGCACAUCUCUUAAACACAAAUAUGAUCAUAACCAGCUUUAUUUUCAGCUCAGUCACCUACACACUCCAGGAGCAGUAAUGACAGCAUGUACCUGUCUUUUUGAACAAAUUGCAA